AUGACCUUUCUUAGGCAUAGCAAAGACAGUGAUAUAGGAGAAUGGUUGAGUUUAGGAUUCAAACAAGAGAUGUCUCUUCAAGAUUCUAUAUCAUCAAAGCCUCUUUACAACAAGGUAUUCUCAUGCAAAUUCUGCAUGAGAAAGUUCUACAGUUCACAAGCCUUAGGGGGUCACCAGAAUGCACACAAAAGGGAAAGAGAAGCAGCUAGAAGUUACCAAUUAUCUCAUAGGAUGAUGCCAUCAUCUUCAUCAAUGGAACUUGGUUAUUCUAAAUCUUUGACAGCAAGGCCACUAGGAAUCAAAUCUCACUCUCUCGUGCACAAACCAAACAGAGAAACAGCUUCUACUGUGGCAUGGACACCACUUGUUAUUGAACAAGGGGUGAAUUUUGUAUGGCAUGGAAGCUUUCGAAUGAGCUUACCAAAGGAAGAAUCACAUAUCCAAAAGCUUGACUUAGAACUUAGGCUUUGA